AGAAACAGAAAGGAUGCCGAGGGCGGCCAGGAGCCCAGCCGAGAGCUUGAGCCCGAGAAGGAUAGGGAAAGAGACAAGAGCGGGAAGGCGAAGGGCUCGGCGAAGAUCGGCUCGUGCACCGCGGGCGCGUCCUGCCCCUUCUCCCACAACGUCCUGGAGCCCGGACAGCAGAAAGAGGUCUGCGCAUGGUUCGUCAAAGGGAACUGCAAGUUCGGACACAAGUGCGCCCUCGCCCACGUCCUGCCCGGGCAGAGCAUGUCUAUGGACAGGAAGAACAAGAAGGCUGCCCAGCUUGCCGCACAAGCUGGGGGUGCUGGUGGCAGCGGCGGCCGCGAGGGUGGCAGACGUGGUCAGAAGACAGGAGCGCACGGCAGCGGGUCUGGCAGUGCUCAGAAUCGAAACGGCCUGCUUUCAGGCUCGACCGCGCCAACGCGAGCUCUGGCGGGUAACUCGCGGUCAAGCAUUCCCAUGCCUCUGAAGGCCACUUUGUCGCCAUCGACCCCUGCGCCGCCUGUUAAAGAUACCGACUUUGCUUCGUUCGGUUUGCCCGACGAGAGCAACAAACUGCCGAGCGCGCCCGCACAGGGUAAACCGCCCGCAGUGCCGGCGCCUGACGUCUCUUCCUCGGUGUCUCCUCCCACUACCACUUCGACAGAGCCUGUUCAGAUCGAGUCAUCGGCGAACGCGGAUGCUAGCGAAGCUGGUGCGCUUCCGACAAGCACCCCUACUGCUCCUCGCCGAAUGGCAAACGCGCAUGGCUCACCGCCAGUCGACUUUGGACCGAUCGGAUCACCUCCUCGCUCUUCAGAGUCCGCUAGCCGUCUUGCUCGCGUCAACGGGUUCUCUCCGGGUACGUCUCCCCAUGCAGCCGGUCUGUCUACUUCUCCCUUUUCGGCCCCGGGCUCUCGCUCCGUGUUCGCAAUUCAAGGAGAGGAGGACGCGUCUGGUGGAUACGCGGGUCGUUCUGGUCUGUCUGCAUCUUUAGGAGCGAUGAUGACUUGGUCAAAGGAUCGGCCAUCUCGAAGACUGGACAGCGGUGUUGUAGGCGAGGUGGUUGUCGAGGACGAGGAUUUGGAAGAAUUCCUCCCAAGUUCCCUUACGGAUCUGCUAACGCCUGAGGAGAGAUCUAGAAGAUUGUCCCGCACGAACGGCGUUCGCCCCAAUAUGAUAGGAGCAGAUCGCGACGGAGCAAUCGGGGGUCACAGGCUCACGACAGAAGGUCAACAUCAUAGGUACUCCCGAUCGGUGCCGGCACCAUCACUGCUUCAGGAUAUCAAGUCGAUAUGGGCGGACAACGGUGGGACUGGUGCAGGCCCGUCUGAGUUGGCAGGUGCUACGGGAACGAGCGUCACGGGCGGUGGCCUAGGGAACGGUACGCCGAGCUCGUUUACGUCCAAUUCUGGCCUUGCUGGCAGAUCAGGCGAAGACAUGCUGUCGCCGUCGAACGCUUCUGCAGCGUUCCUCCCAGGUCUUCAUCACCACUACCUCAACUCCAAGGUCCAGCGUACAAACAUGCUCGGCGGCGGGCUGUCGGCGUUGCACGCGACCAACCCCAACGGUCUGUCUCACGCCAAUGUUGGCACGCACCCACCGAGUCUUGCACCGGGUGCCUUGUCUCCACCUCAUACCAGCGCUCUCGGCAAUCGACCUCCCAUGGGCAGCCCGUCAUCGGAUGUGUUCUUCGGACAGCAGCGACAUCCUGCGCCGAUGAUCAAUGACGGGUGUGUUCUUCGUGUAGAUGGUCCUAACGCGACAUACUCACCAUUUACCAGAGCUUUACAAGCACACGCUCCCGGGCAGAGUCUACCUCAAGGACUGGCGGCAGGGUAUUCGAGGAUUCACGCUUUGCCUCCGCCCGUCAUCGCGUCUCCAUCCACGCCAGGCGCUUUCAGUCAAGCGGGCGGGUACUCGCCAGGUACCAAAGUGUUUGGGCACGCGCAAAGUCCGUCGGGUGACUGGCACAGUGUGUCGCCCGGGGCUGCGAACGCAUUGGACGCUCUCGUGCACUUCAACGCACAGGCUUCUGCAGCAACUAACACAACGUCCCUGGGAGGUUUGGAGACGGUCUUCUCGCGAUUGUCUUACUCUGCUGCCGCGACACGUAUGUUCCCUGCUUCAUGUGUCUUCAUAUAUUGACAAUUAUCCUUGACAGGUGGUCCACAGGCGACCAUUGGCAACACCGCCCGUAACCUAGUGGGCGUAGCUAUAAUCCGCAAGGUUCCUUGAGUCCCCUAAGCGGGCCAGUGCUAACCGGUGAUGAUGAUGACCUGUUCAGUAUGGACGGUUAAGCUGUACUUGACUGUUGUAUGUACAAAAGUAGUGUUUUCUGUGUUGCAGUAGGUCCAGAGAUCAUGUAUAAUUUAAGUUGCUAUGGGUUCUGGGCAGCACUCGGCACAUCUACAGUAAUCUGAUGGUCAUGUUUUGUACUGCUAUGCAAUGCUUUGUGUGUGCGUGAUCUGUUUGCAACAGAGGCUCUUGAUAUUCCUUGGUAUUGGGUAUUAGGUAUUGGAACUUUCUGGGAAGAGGUUAUUAGAGCAAUGCCAUUUGCUAAUUAUG